AUGUCUGUUGCAGACUUUAAAAUAACUGAUGAGAAAGUGUCCUUAAAUCACAGCAUUGAGACAGAGAAAACGGUAAGGCAUACCGAUUAUUUCUCUUCAUCAUACUCUAUGAACAAACUUCAGGUUGGAAUCUGUUUGCUUCUGGUGGAGCUGUGUGAGAGGUUCGCUUUCUUCGAAGUCGUCUGCAAUAUGAUUCCCUUUUGCACUGUCAAGCUGGGCUAUCACAAUUACCAAGCAGCCAUUCUGAACUUGUGUUUUACUGGAACUUCACUCCUUACCCCUGUGUUUGCGGGAUGGCUUGCUGAUGUCUGUCUAGGAAGAAACAAACUGGUGUAUAUUUGUUUAUUUCUACAUUUUCUAGGCACUGCUUUGUUAUCUGUGGUUGCUUUUCCCUUGGGAGAGUUCUGUAUAGGCUCUCACCACAUGAUUAACGACAUACCAAAAAAGGAACAGAACAGGCUGUUCUACGUAGCACUGUUGGCCAUCUGCCUUGGCAUAGGCGGGACAAGAGCCAUUGUUUGCCCGGUGGGUGCGUACAGCCUGCAGGAGCAUGGAUCACACACACGAAUGUCCUUUUUUAACUGGUUUUACUGGAUCACGAACCUGAAUGCAACUGUUGUCUUUCUGGGAAUAUCUUACAUCCAGCACUGGGCCUGGACCCUGGUUUUACUUAUUCCUUUUAUGUCUGCACUUAUGGCUCUGAUAACUCUUCAUAUGAUACACUAUAACCUGAUUUAUAAGCCAGAAAAAUGUUACUCCCUCCUGACAGUCUUUGGGGUGUUUAUUAAUGCCCUGAAAAUAUGCUGUCUGCGAUAUUGCCAUCCUGGCGGGGAUGUGAAAAACUGGCUGGACCAUGCCAAGGGAAAAAAUGGUGGCUGCUACAGUGAGCUCCAUGUGGAAGACACAAAAUUUUUCUUCACCCUUCUCCCUCUCUUCAUUUUUCAGCUCCUUUACAGAAUGUGCAUUAUGCAGAUUCCUUCAGGAUAUUAUCUGCAGACCAUGAAUUCCAACCUGAAUUUGGAUGGAUUUCUUCUGCCAGUUGCAGUAAUGAAUGUCAUCAGUAUCCUACCACUGUUAAUCCUGGCUCCUUUUCUGGACUAUGUCAGCAACUGCCUUUUUCCCUCUAAGAGAGAUGGGGCAUGUGUGUCAGCAUGCAUUAUCGCUGGGAAUCUUUCUGCUGCACUGUCUGUGACGGUGGCUGGCUUCUUCGAAAUACAUAGAAAAUACUUCCCUCCAAUGGAGCAGCCUCUUUUAGGCAAAGUUCUCACCGUUUCCUCCAUGCCCUGUUUCCACCUUUCUCUUCAGUACGUUUUACUUGGAGUGGCUGAAACACUGGUCAACCCAGCCUUCUCUGUAAUAUCAUACAGAUUUGUUCCAAGUACCAUCAGAGGAACCUCUCUGAGUUUUUUGACACUAUUCAAUGGACUUGGUUGCUUCGCAGGAGCACUGCUUGUGGAGUUGGUGUAUCUCAUCUCAGAAGGUAAAAACAGGUUCAUGAAUGACUCACAGAACUCGGGGAAGCACGGUAUUUAUGAUUCAGCUUUAUUACAGCGAAAGAAUACAAAUCAGAGUGAAGCAAAGGCAGAGACACGUCAUGUCCGGGAGAGUUCCAAACGUGAGACGCCCUUCAGCCUCAGGGAUGCAGCACUGAACUGA